GGACAGACCGCCGUCGCGAGCGGACGUGUCGCAGCCAACGAAAUCGAAAGCCGCGUGUGUUGUGUUUUGAAAAAUUUUUGAAUGAUAAAUUGCUUGUGAUGUGUGUGCUGUGUAAUGGAAUGUGAUUUAUAUGGAUAAGCUCCACAAUGGUGUAACAGCUGAGUGAAGGAUAAGUAACGUUUAGACUUCAGUACUAGUGUAGUGUAGUGUGUAGUGUAAUGAAGUGUUUGUGAUUCAAGAUUCAAGAUGCUGUCGAAGAUUCUGACAGUUGUUUUCGCUGUCAUCGCCUGUCAGGCACUCGCUGAAAGAGAUCACGCCUCCUCACUGGUCGGUCAGACGGCGCGGCUCCGUUGUCGUAUAUAUGGGAAGUCGUGUGGUGAAAUGCACAGCAUCAAGUGGUAUAAGGCGGACACCAGGGUUUACGUGUAUUCUGCUUCUAAGGACGCGGCUAUAAAUCGACCGGAGGGUGAUAUGAUGGAUAGAAUGUCCAUAUCCCACGAACCUAACACCACAUACGCUGAGCUGGUGAUCACCAACGUGCAGCCUGGUGAUGAGGGGGUCUACCGCUGCGAGAUCACCUACCUGCAAGUGGGGGAAGACUGUAACACUGUACAGAUCACUGACUUCCACACCUACAUAAAACCCAAAUCGGUGGAGGUCAAGACAGGAGACGGAAAACAGCUAUCAGAUGGUGAAACCUACGGACCCCUGCUUGAGCGAGCCCGGGUGAAUGUCACGUGUAUUGUGGUGGAUGGGAAACCGCAACCCAAGGUCACCUGGUACUUCAAUGGAAAGGAGAGAUUGGAUGCUCAAACAAUCACCGAGCAAUCGUUGGUCAAGCACGUGCUGCCGAUGACGGUAACGCGAGCGGAGCUGGACGGCGAGCUUGUAUGCAACGUGUCGUCCGCGGCGUUGGACGCACCGAUACUUAAGAAAGUCAAGCUGGAUGUUAGAGUGCCACCAAACAAGAUAGCCAUCUCCGGGGUGGGAGAGCACGUCACCCAGGGUACCCUCCUCACCCUGAUGUGCGUUGUCUCCGGCGCGAGACCAGCCGCCACCAUCGAGUGGUACAAUGGCACUGAGCUGCUGACAACACAGACUCAGAACAUACAGCAACGAGAGGUCGAAUCGAGCGACACGACAUUCGAAACAAAGUCGAACCUAACAUUCGAGGCGACUCGCUUUGAAAAUGGCCGCAAGUUCAUAUGCAAAGCUGUCAACGACGCUAUGAGAGACAACAACGAUCAUCCGAUACACGCUACGCGAGAAUUGGAGGUUUGGUAUCCUCCAAUAGUCCACGUGGGGCCCGCCAACAUAACAGUUGUGGAAGGCACGAAAAUAUUAUUGAAAAGCGAAUAUGAAAGCAAUCCGUCAUCUUUAACUGAUGUUAUAUGGUACCGCAACGGUGAUCGGCUGAACGUCAACACGAGCCACUACCAAGGUGGUACAACGGAUCAGCACGCGCUCAUCAUCCUGGAUGCUAACGGUGAUGACAUGGGCAACUACACGUGCCUGCUCGCCAACGUUGUGGGCAACGGGACCACGGGCGAAAUGAUCAGCGUUAAUGUGCUGUUCAAGCCCCAGGUCCGUCUGACAAUGAGCCCCGAAAGCCCCAUACUGGAGACGGAGCACCGCAACGUGACGCUCACCUGUUCUGUGGUGAGCGGGAAUCCACCUGUGCUGGACGAGGUCAUCUGGUACCUGGAUGGGGAGCUGCUGAAGCACCUACCUGAAUGUAAUGGGACGGAUGAAAACCUCUGCAACGAAGUGGACCCAUCAAUGUUGUUACUGCAAGAUACAACCAAGAGUUUCCACGGAAAUUAUUCCUGCAAGGGCAAGAACUACGCUGGUUGGGGCAACGAAAGCCAGUACACAGAACUAGUCGUUAAUUACCCGCCCGGACCAGCUAAAUUAACUUACUCACCCUGGCGAGUCGUCAAAGGCAAAUCCUUAGUAUUGAGCUGUAGCAUUGAAGAAAAAGGUCGCCCGGAAGCACAUAGGUACCGCUGGCACCGCGGCGGGCGGCUCGUGAGCGACAUCGUGUCCCAGAACUGGACCAUCGACCCGGUCACGCUGGACCACCGCACCAACUUCUCGUGCCGCGCCGCCAGCGCCGGCGGCGAGGGCCAGCCCGCCAGCGUCGCCGUCGACGUGCUCGCGCCACCUAGUUUCAAAUACGCAAUGAAUCACUACAGCGGAGCCUUGUAUAAGUCUCAGAACAUAUCGCUGUCCUGUACGGUGGAGUGCGCCCCGCUGUGCAGUGUGCAAUGGCUGAAAGAUGGACAGGUUAUAGACCCGUCUAAAACCGACAAGUACUAUGUUGUAGAGAGAAAAAUCGAACCUCAGGUCAACAGAAAUGAUUUUGAAGCAACGGAAUCCACUCUGCACUGGAACAUGUCGGCGUGGGGCGGCGGGCUGGCGCGCGCGGGCGCGGCGGCGCGCUACACGUGCCGCUCGUCGCGCAACGCCGCCGGCCCGCCCGUCAACAGCACCACCAAGUUCGCCGUCGAGUAUGAACCCGAAAACAUAACAGUGACACCGAAGGUCGUUUCCGUUAUUGAGAACGAAAUUCCGGCCAAAGUCGUGUGCUCAGCUAAAGGUUUCCCAAUGCCUAGCUACUCGUGGCGCAGAGAACAGCCCAGUAAGAGUUCAGCGAAGGACCAUUCGAACCAAUCUCUUAUCCUCUCUUCUUCAAACACUCUCCUCUUGGGCCCCGUCGCGCGAAGAGACGCGGGGAACUACGUGUGCGAGGCGUAUAACAGGCAUGGAGCUGUUAAUACCACCGUGCUUUUGGAUGUUAUGUAUAUUCCCGAGUGCGGCAUUAAACAAACUGAAAUAAAUGGCAAUCAAGUACUAGUGUGCACUGCGUAUGCUAACCCUAGCGAGGUCACCUUCACCUGGAAGCUGAAAAACGACAACGACACACUGACAGACGAGAAAAUCUGGUCCGAAGGUGUUCAGAGUUACCUCCGGCUGAGCGACGGCGUGGACGUGUACCGCACCUACCUGUGCCUGGCCCGCAACAGCGUGGGCGUGUCUCGGCCUUGCGAGCGCGACGUCAUGGCCAACUUGGAAAGUUAUAGUACCAAAGUAUGGUGGCGCGACCGACAGAAACUUCUGCUGAUCGGCGGCAUCGCGCUCGCUGUUCUCAUCAUAACAAUCGUACUGUGCAUAUUAAUUAUCUGCAUUUGUAGGAGAAUGCGCGCCAAAUCCAAGUUUGAACUUGAAGAGCGCGAAAAUCCGGAUGGUAGCUGUUUAAACGAAGUUUCGAUAGCUCAAUCGAUAAUAUCCCAAGCUUUGCCCGCUUUAUCGCCUAGACUGAGUCUAUCGUUAAGCCCUAAAACGUCGGAUAGAACUAGACUAGUAGAUUCACAGAGCUCACACUUAGAGAUGAACAAAUUUCAAGAUAGAACCACUAAUAGCCUACAAGCAAGCUUGACACAAUUAGAAGCAACGAUAAACGCAAAUAGAAAUAGAACUGAAGCUAAUAAUGAAGAAGCACAACUUGUAAAUAAAAAUGAUAGCGAUAAAGCCGAAAAUGUCAUUACGCCAAACAAGUGGCCGGCGAAACCUGGAGUUUUAGUGCAUGUCAAUUCAAAUCACACGUUGAGUCCUAAAAACCCAGCUAGACUUCAGAGACAGCACGUCACAGAAAACAUAGCGAAUGAAGAAAGUAAUUUAGGGUUGUUGGAAAGAAACAGAAUCGAAGAGGACAAGAAAACGGAAUAUUCAAAGAAAAAUGGGAAACCGAAGAAUUCGCAAAAUUUCGUGUCUGGAAUCAUGAAGAAUUUUAGAAGGAAAAGCGAUUCUUCAGAUGACGAAAGCGGGAAGUAUAAGAAAAUUAAUAAGACUAACAAGAGAGCUAUGUCGCUAAUGAGCUUGAAUAAAAACUAUGGGCCAAAGAGAAUACGAUUGCUGUUUCAGAGUGAAACGCCCAAUGUAAUAGUUACAGAAGGAGUUGUGUCGUUCAAAAGGCCUGAGAGAAUGUGUGUAAGCGCUAGAGCGGAACCGAACAAAGUUCAGAAAAAUACGAGAAAACGGAAAAAGCCAGGUGACAGCCCAGCUACGAAUGGCAUAGAUAAUGCAGCAAACGGCAGCCUCGGAGCGGACAAUCCAGGCCUCUACGAGAACCUGCCGUUCCACGGCCUUCAGCAACCUCCCAACAAGCCAGUACAAGCUAUACAGCCUAGGGUUAUCGAACCAAAAAAGGGCACGAGCGUUGAAACGUUGCAAAAACAAUUAAAGACGAAUCCCUCAUUCGCGCCGAGGGUAGUGUGUCCACCCUUCGUGCAAAACGCGGGCAACUAUCCAAUAAGCCCUCCACAAUAUUCGACAUAUGGAAUGCCAGUGCUAUCACCUAUACAGCAGCUGUUUCCUCUACAACGCACUGUUUUGGUCAACCCAUAUUUACCGCCGAUGCCAAGCUCUUAUCUCAAACAAUUCCCAACUAUAGAUGAAGAAAGCAACGACGGGGAUACAAGGAAAUUCAGUUCAUUAAACACAAGAAACGUCAAAGCGAAACCACCAAAAUUCCAAUCGAUGAGAAUCGUUAGAAAGCGGAAUAUAGAGAGGUUCUAUCCGAAUACAGAAUAUGGAGAGAACUUCAAUGAAAUCAAUAACAACAAGAACGAUAGCGAAGAUGAUAAAAUCGAUUCAGAAGAUAAUAUUUACGAAAAUUAUCCUUCAUUGCUGCAAUUUAAAUCUGAUAUAAGUGGUGUGGAGAAGUUUGAGAACCUCACAGAUUCCAUCCAAGUGUAUGAAGAAAGUAUAGACCAGAACAAUGAAAUGAAUGCAUCCGUAACAUCCUUAAACAGACCAGUUCCCGCUCCUCGAACGAAAAAAACUCCCCUAUCAUCCCCUUUGAAGACUGAUCACGUGUACGUUAAUUUAUCAAUGCCAUUAAUUAAUACGACUUCAUUGCGAUCAAUAGAUACAAUUGAUGCUCCCAUGAGAUGCACGAAAUCUGAAGAAAAUAUAUCAAAGUUCAGUACACUCGCAAUGAAAAUAGAUGAUUAUGGUGAUAAAGGUGGUGAUAGUUCCGAUGAAGAUGAUAAAACGAACGAUACCUUAGAUAUAAAUAAACCCAACAUAGUCGGCGCUACACCGAAGCGAACCUUAACAACUUUACCGUCAACGUCGUUAGUCAAAUCUGUAGUCAAUCAAUUAAACGACCAAAACAUGAACAAAGUCGCCCUACCAAAAAAACAAGUGAUAGCACCAAAACCAUUACAAAUACCAAAACUAACAGAGAAACCCGUGCCAAAGAGAACAUUAAAGCGCAGUAGUUCAGUAACGAGUAGCGUAAAUAGUAGCGAAGUAGACCAGAACACUAACCUCCAACACCAAUACCUCCAAAAGCGGAAUCAUUUCCCUAACAUUAGCAAAGGGAAGAGCAGGAAAAACUUCCAAAUACCGCUGCAGAAACACCACAGUUUCUGCUACUUCCAACCGAUUAGAGUAGACAAACGCAUCCCAGUAGACCAGGAGAGGUCGUACAAUAACACGAUAGGCCCCAUGAUAUACCAACCGACAGACGCACAGUACUACACCAAAACACUGAACAGAUCUAGAGAAAAGAACAGUCAGAAGUUGAAUCGCUUGAAAAAAUCGGAAAGCCUGCGGGAGAAACUGUCCUGCGUAGGCGUGUACGACAAUUACGAGAAACCCGACUAUCCCGAACCGGAAUUUAACGAUUCGGAGAGAAAGUCCUACUUGCAUUUACUCAAAGGCAAUUACAUAUCAAAUUCGUCGCGCCACAUAGAGACGGAUCCGUGCAACACUAAUCUUAGAGAUGACAAACCUAAACAUAAGAAAUUAGUGUACGCAGAUUUAGCGCUAGGUAAUCAUAAUUUAAAAUUUAAAAAUACAGUCAAUUCCAAUAGACAUUUGUACGAUACGUAUACUAUAGGUAGCGAAGGUAGUAAAGAUAGUAGUGGGGUUAAGAGUAAUGUAGGCAGUAGUCAGCGGAAGCCGCAACCGAGAAGCGAAUACGCGACCCUUAAGUUUAACGAAAUAGAUGUUUAAGGGCCGCUUAGCUAAGAGUGACACGUACAUUUUUUAAAAAAAGCCAUUCAGGCCCGAAGACCAAUUUAUAUACGCUGAUGCCGAUAUGAAAGACUAUGGGCCUAUAAACUACAAAGCGGCCUCCAUAUACGCUCAGAUGA